AUGGAAGAAUCCAAAUUUGCCCAACCCCCACCUCUGACCCUCCCUCCACAGAGCAGAAAGAGGCCUCUUGAACAAAACUUAGCCAACUUUAAGAAUGCUCCUCAUUGCAAGAUGCUCGCUGUUCUUAGAGAUCUUCGACCCCAUUUCAUGGAGGUUCUUAAGACCCCCGACUUUCGAAAUUGCAAGGCAGCUGAUAAAAUUCGUCAAGGCAUGAACGAUAUGAUGGAUCUAUACAAAGAAAUGAUGGCCGAACCCAUCAAACUAGAGAAGUGUAAUAAUGCGCCGGGCAACAUUGAAGACGAACAGAAGCCCAAAGAGCAUCAAAAACAUGCAAAAUUGUCGGAGAAUUCAACACCAGACGAAAUAUUAAACAAGCCUUCAGAUCAUCAGGUCCAAGGGGCGUCACAUAUUGUUGGUGGUUCGGCAUGUGGGUGGAAUUUUAUCACAUUUCAUGGAAGUGAAACCGUCUAUUAUGGUCGAACAAAAGAGUCAUUCCGAGCUGCUAACCCUAUCUGA